GCGCAUGCGUAUGUAUUUUGACCUCACUUCUCAGUCACUUCUCAGAGAAAAUGGCAGGGAUAGGCUUGGGGCUGCAGGUGCGUCAAUUCAGCACGUCGGUCGUCCGAUCGAAGCUGAUGAAGCCCCCAAUCACGGUGUAUGGAGUGGAAGGUCGCUAUGCCACUGCUCUGUUCUCAGCAGCCAGUAAGCAGAAGAAACUGGAUCAGGUGGAGCAGGAUUUGGGGCGUCUGGCUGGCCUGAUUAAGGACCCCAAGGUGUCCAGCAUUGUAAUGAACCCCCAUGUGAAGCGCAGCUUAAAGCAGAAGACCCUCACUGACGCCCUCAGCCAGGUCAAGGCCACCCCUAUCACACUCAACUUCAUCGGUGUUUUGGCUGAAAAUGGCCGCCUGCCCGUCACCGCUGACGUUAUUGGUGCUUACACCAUGAUGAUGAAGGCCCACCGUGGAGAGGUCACCUGCUCAGUCACCACCGCACAGGCGCUGGAUGAAGCCAGCUUGGCAGAUCUGAAAGUUGCCCUGAAUGGCUUCUUGGCAAAGGGACAGACCAUCAAUCUGGUGACCAAGUCUGACCCAUCCAUCCUCGGUGGCAUGAUUGUCAGCAUCGGGGACAACUAUGUGGACAUGUCCACCAAGACCAAGGUUCAGAAGCUCACCAAGCUGAUCAGGGAUACCUAAGUCCUGUGGACUCAUCCGACCAGACCUGACGAGUCAAUCCCAGAGUAGAGCGGGAGAGAGGUCUAAAUGUCGUAACCCUCCGCCCAGUCUAUGAAAGUUGACCUGUCUUCUUGUGUUCAUAAUAAAUAUUCUGUAACGUACAGAUUUGGGGUUUUAUUUUUUUGCGGGGUGACAUCAGUGUGGGUGCUUUUUGAGUUGAUGGAGUAAAAACUGCUCCUCCGUCUAAGAUGUAUUUGGGGUCAUCCACGGUACUCCCUAAACUUGGCAGUGUCGUUCAGGUUGAAACACAAUAGAGAAAUGAAGACAUGAAGGUCUGACUUCAGGGAUAUUUCGUGCCGUGUUGCGAAAUAGGACCUAAACUAAAUAAAGCGUGUUUCACUGGAAGGCCCGGCCUUUCUCUCUUAUCAAAACA